AUGCGGACAUCAAGGGCAACAACAAAAGUGAAGGAAUACAAAGAGCGAGAAGAAGAUUUGAGCAUAACAUUUACUGGGCAUAGCUUGGGUGCGGCACUGGCAACGCUGAGCUUAUACGAUAUAAAACAAAUCAUGGUAAAUAAAUAUGGUGUUAGUUCAAUUCCCAUUACAGUGUUUUCCUUUGCGUCUCCGCACGUAGGGAACCUGUCAUUUGCCCAACAUAUGGAAGAGAUUGGCGUCAAAGUGUUGCAUGUGGUAAACAACAAGGAUUUGGUUCCAAAAAUUCCUGGGAUUUUUUUCAAGGAAAAAUUAGGAUGGCUGACUAGGCUUCUACAUUGGCUUCCGUGGGCAUAUGUUCAUGUGGGGGUAGAGAUUAGUUUAGACAGCAGCAGCUCGCCUUUCCUGAAGCAGACGUAUAAUCCUGCAAAUUUCCACAACUUAGAGGUUUAUCUGCACGCACUUGAUGGCUUUCAAGGACAUAACAAAUUGCCCUUCAAGCUCUCGGGGAGAGAUCUAGCCCUAGUUAACAAAUACUCAGACUUAUUGAUUCAAAGGCUGCAAAUCCCUUCCAACUGGUGGAAAAGGAGAAAUAAAGAAGCGGUGAAACACAUAGAUGGCGUGUUGGUCUACUCUCCUUCAACUCCAACUCCCUCUUUCGUAUAUCCCCCUUUAAUCUAUUGCACUUCUUCUUAA